UACGAGUUACACUCGACAUAAUUGCGAAACCGCGUAAAAUACACGCGUCAUCAUUUCUAUUAAUUUGUUAAAAUAUAAUUUUUAGUAAUUGCGUUCAGUUCGCUUUCGGUCAUCACGCAUACCGCGCGUUCUCAUCUUUCAUUCACUCAUAUCAGUUUGAACAAUACAGUAAUUUUAAAUAAUCUCAAGAGUUUUAUUAUCAAGCUUUAGGAUAACAAGAAAUCCUACAUGGUCCUUCGAGCUUUCGGUAAAGCGGGACCUUAGCGCGAAUAUAGUGCACGUGUUCGUGUUCCGGUUCUGACUUUAACGACGUGGCCAGUGCUAUCAGUUAAUUUACUGAAGCGCCACUAACCUAUCAAGGAUCGAGCUUUCGUGACAUCAAGGCGCACGAGAGUUCACAUCUGCAUCAAGAACAGAACUGCAGCCAAGUUCCGUAGCAGCAAGGCGUACGGUGACCCUUUCAUAUCAAGUAGAAAGGCUUAUCAAGUAAGAUCUUUCCUUUUUACCGAUUUUUAUCAUGUCGCGGGUAGAAGAGCUCCUUUCGGAACAGGAAAAGAUCGCAGGGGCGCUCGAAACGCUUUUUACCAACUUUAAAAAAGACGGAAAAGAAAGGAAAACCCCGGAGUAUAUCCAACGACGGUUGGACACUCUAGAUCAGUACUGGUCUCAAUUCAAUAACAACCAUAUCGCGUUAGUCAACGUCGGUGAUGCGUCGCUUCACUAUUUUUCAAGUGAAAAGUACGUACUCAUCCAAUCUCAAUACCAAACCAUCAGAGAUACGAUCAAGAAAUUUUUGCCGUCAAAGAGCACCGGGUUAGAGGAAAGGCCUCAAACGCCUAUACUCAAACCACCAACAUUUGUGUUGCCAAAUCCUCAAGAGCAAGAUAAGGCAACAAGUAGCAAGACUGAAGAUAUGCUGAAAAAACAAUUAAGUAACUUCAAGGCAUACAUGAGAACUGUAUCAAGUAUCAAUGUAGAACUUGUCUCAGAAAAAUGGGAAUUCGAAGACCUGUUGCGUACUCUGCAGUCCCGCUGGUCGGUUAUUGACAAAUUACACUGGGAGCUGGAUUCAGAACUAUCUGGUUCGAAUAGUCAAUAUGAACAAGAAUUUUCUAAAUAUGAGUCCCAUUAUAACAACAUCAAGAAAUCUAUUAAUAAAAAGAUGUGGUCGGUUGCACAUAUUGAAAAAACAACACCAAAAAUGGAUAUACCUGUUUUCACUGGCAGUUAUAGUCAAUGGAUUCCCUUUAAGGAUCUUUUUACAGAAACCAUUCACCGCAACCCGUCUCUAUCUGAUGCUCAAAAAUUACAAUUUCUUAAAGGUAAACUUAGGGGAGAGCCUGAAAAGCUAAUCCAACAUUUACAGAUUAGUUCAAGUAAUUAUUCGCUAAGUUGGUCUAUUCUCACCAACAGAUACGAUAAUACAAGAUUAAUCUUUACUGCCCAUGCUAAUACUCUUUUAAACAUCCCAAAUCUACAACAACAAUCAGCUAAUGGUAUCAAGCGCAUACAUGAUGUUGCUAACGAAUGCAUAAACGCAAUCAAGAAUUUAGGCAUUAACACAGAAUCAUGGGACCCUAUUUUGGUUCAUAUUUUGUCACAAAAGUUGGACACUGACACGUAUCAAGAUUACAUGGAGUCGGUGAAACAACCAAGAGCAAUACCGAAUCUAAAGGAAUUCCUAGAAUUCUUGGAAACUAAAUUCACCACUUUAGAAUCGGCACGUCGAAAGCAAGAUAAUAUCACGCAAAAAUCAAGCUCAAACGAUCAGAAUCAAGCAACUGGGAAAAAUACAAACAAACCACAUCAGAAAUUGAACUAUUAUAAAAACUCAUUUUCCUCUAGCACUCGAGUAAUUUCGUCGAACAACAUGGGAAACAAAAACUUGAAAAAGUUGACACCUAAUAAAUAUUGGUGCGUAGUUUGUCAAAAUAACGAACACGGUAUUUACUUCUGCCAAAAAUUCAUAGACAUGCCUCCACAGAUCAAGAAGAAUGUGGUAGAUAAAAAUAACCUCUGCUAUAAUUGUCUCUACAAUCAUCAUGGUCACCCUUGUAAAUCAGACAAAAGGUGCAGAGAAUGCAAUAAAGAACACAAUUCAAUAUUGCAUGAGGUGUUUGAAUCAAGUCGCAUGUCUCCUCGCGGCACGCGGCCGGAAACAAGUUCAUCGGCCACAGCCACGGGACAACAAACAUCAUUACACGUGCAAGGUAGCAGUCACGUGUCGCUGCAAGGAGACCCAAUUGAAGUUUUGCUGCCCACUGCAAUGAUUAAAGUAAAAGCUGCUGACGGGUCAUAUCAUGUAAUGCGUGCCCUCCUAGACCAGGGUUCGCAGACCUCCUUAAUAACGGAGAACGCAGCCCAAAUAUUGAAAAUACCCCGUCAGAAAUGCAAAGGCGUAAUAUCAGGAGUAGGCGUCAAGGAGAACAAUUGCAAAGGAAUGAUCAGUAUACAUUGCAUGUCAACAGAGGGAGAUUUCAAUUUCGAAACAGAUGUUUUUAUCAUGAAAACUUUAAUAAAAAACUUGCCAAAUUGCUCCAUACCUAAACCAAGUUGGGCAUACCUCAAACAUAUCAAGCUCGCAGAUCCUGAAUUUUAUAAAAGUCGUCCUGUAGACAUACUACUAGGAGCUGACGUCUACUGUAUUAUUUUAAUGGAGGGUAUAUGUAGAGAAAACCAGAACUUACCUACAGCGCAGCAAACUCGGCUAGGGUGGAUUUUAAGCGGCAACGUUAAAUCCUCCUUUCAAUGCAACGUGGUCUUGAACGAUUUAAAUGAGAUAGAAAGGUUCUGGGAAACAGAAGAUAUCACAGAAUCGUCAGAUUUGUCAUCAGAAGACCAACAGUGUAUUAAAUAUUAUCAAGAAACAACAUCAAGAAGGGAUGACGGCAGCUAUGUAGUCCGAAUACCCUUUAAACCUGACCAUCAAGAAAGUUUAGGUGAAUCUAAGAACAAAGCUAAGGCUCAAUUUUAUCAAUUAGAGCGAAAAUUCGAAAGGCAACCUGAAAAUGCAAAAAAGUACAAACUAUUCAUCAGCGAAUAUUUGUCGUUAGGCCAUAUGACACGUGGGGUCAAGGAACGUGACGACAGCGGUAAUAUGAAACUCAGCUGUUAUUUGCCUCAUCACUGUGUACUACGGGACGAAUCAACUACAACCAAGCUACGUGUUGUAUUUAACGCGUCAGCUAAAACAUCAAGUGGGUUAAGUUUGAAUGACGUUAUGUACAGGGGUCCAAACCUGCAACAGGAUUUACAGAGCCUUAUUAUCAAGUGGAGGCAAUACAAAUAUGCGUACACAGCUGACAUCGAAAAGAUGUUCAGGAAAAUUUGGGUCAGUCCAUUGGACCAAUCAUAUCAGAAAAUUCUUUGGAGAGACAAUCAAAAUCAGUCUAUAAAGGAGUACCAGCUAGCUACCGUGACUUAUGGCACAAAAUCGGCUCCAUUUUUAGCCAUGAUGACGCUUAAGCAACUCGCGCAAGAUGAAAGAGACAACUAUGUAGACAGCUUAGCCCCUGAAGCUCUGGAGGGAAGCUUCUACAUGGAUGAUCUGUUACACGGGUCUCAUUCUAUAGAGUCCGCGAAAAAGCUGCAAGAGGACUUGAUAAAACUAUUGCAAGCAGGGGGCUUCAAUCUUAGAAAGUGGAAAGCAAACUCGACGGUACUUCUAGAGGAUGUUAGCUGUGAUCAAGAAAAUUUUGACUUUAAACAAGUGGAGUCUACAAAAACUCUCGGGCUUGGCUGGAAUCCUAGGAAAGAUAAGUUCUUAUUUCAGUCAAAAAUAACUCAUAGUGCAACCUCAGACAUGACAAAGAGAGAAUUUUUAUCCGAAAUAUCCAAGCUAUACGACCCCCUUGGAUGGAUUUCACCCCUUACUAUCAAGCUAAAAAUUUUAUUUCAAGACGUAUGGAAGACCAAAAUACAAUGGGAUGAACCCAUACCAACAGAAAUAAAGAAAGAGUGGGAUAAAAUAAAAAACGAUAUAAUCAUCAUUAAUGAAAUUGAAAUACCGCGGUGGUUGCAAACAAGGCAAUAUGACACCAUCGAACUACAUGGAUUCAGUGACGCAAGUACAAAAGCCUACGCUUGCGUCAUUUACUGUAAAAUAAAAAGAGAUCAAGAUUCUUCUGUUGUAUUGGUAGCAGGAAAAACAAAAUUAGUAUCAGUAAAUAAAAAUACUUCGUUGCCACGACUGGAGUUAAGUGGAGCAGUUUUAUUGUCAAAAUUGAUGACAAAAAUCAAGACAUGUUUAAACAACUAUAAUAUCAUGAUAUUUGGAUGGGUCGAUAGUAUGGCAGUAUUGGGAUGGCUAAAUGGGGAGGCAGACAAGUGGAAACCCUUUGUAGCUAACCGCGUCAAACAAGUGACUGCAGUGAUGCCCCCUAACUGCUGGCAGUACAUCAAGUCGAAAGAAAAUCCUGCGGAUUGCGCCACCCGAGGUUUGACUGCUGCCCAACUUAAAGACUAUGGCUUAUGGUGGCAAGGACCAGCCUGGCUCCGAACAUACGAGCCAGACCAAGAAGCUGGGAAAAAUAAAUUUAUCACGAAUCUAGAACUCAAGAAAUGUAAGCAAGUUAACGUUGCUACGGUAGACAACACUUUUAUAAUUGGAUUAGUUAAUGAUUUAAUACAGAAAUACAGUUCAAUCAACAAAGUUAUUAGAAUUUUUGCAUGGAUUAAUCGAAUUAUUUGUAGGAAAAAUACGGAAUACCUAUCAGUGGACGAAUUAACCAAAUCAAGAAACAUAAUUAUCAAACUAAACCAAGCAAGUGAGUUUUGUGAUGAAAUUAAUUGUCUCCGCAAAGGACAACCUUUAAACAAAUCGAGCAAGAUAUUAAGCCUAAACCCCCUAUUAGACAAAGAUGGUUUGUUGAGAGUAGGAGGCAGAUUGAGACACGCUAACAUGGACCCGGAAAUGAAGCACCCGUUGAUUAUCCCCAACAACCGAUUAGCAGAACUUAUCAUUGAUCAAGCACACGAAACUACUUUUCAUGGUGGGGCAAAACUUACAAUAUCCUUUAUCAGACAAAAAUACUGGUUGCUGGGCGGUAACAGGAUCGUAAAAAAGAGAUUACGCCUGUGUGUGACAUGCAAGAGACAGAACCCAAAGAGAGCAGCUCAGAUGAUGGGCGAUUUACCACCAUCAAGGGUAAACCCCUCCCGUCCCUUUUUUCAUACAGGUAUUGAUUACACAGGACAUUUUUAUAUAAAGGCCAACAAGGGUCGCGGCAUCAAGACCACGAAGGGAUACGUGGCUGUAUUUAUAUGUAUGACCACCAAAGCGGUCCAUCUAGAGCUGGUAUCGGACAUGACGUCAUCGACCUUUCUUGCUGCUCUCCGGAGACUAGCCGCUAGACGCGGGACCCCCGGCCACUUGUACAGCGAUCAAGGUACAAACUUUAUCGGAGCAAAUAAGAUAUUACAACAAGAAUACGCAGAAAUACUUAAAUCAGUCAAUCAACAAGAAUGUAAAUCAGAAAUAGCAAAAAUGGGUAUCAAUUGGCAUUUUAAUGCCCCAUCGUGGCCAUCUGCAGGCGGCUUAUGGGAGGCAGCUGUCAAGAGCUUAAAAUAUCACCUUAAACGCGUUAUAGGUGAACAACGACUAACUUAUGAGGAAUUCAGUACCCUAAUAACGCAAAUAGAAGGAUGCCUCAAUUCAAGACCGCUCUGUCCAUUAUCUGAUGAUCCUGAAGAGCUCGACGCUCUCACGCCGUCUCACUUCUUGGGUAGUGGACCCCUAUUGACGAUCCAUGAAACAGAAAAGGAUCUGAGAACUAGAUGGCAGUUAGUGCAGAAAAUUAUAAGUGAUGUGUGGGAACGCUGGCGUCACGAAUAUCUCACACAACUUUCAGUAAGAAGCAAGUGGCGACAGCCGAAAGAGAAUAUUAAAAUCGGCGAUGUAGUAGUUAUCCAGGACGAUAACAUUCCGCCCGGCCAAUGGGCACUAGGGAAGGUGGUAAAGCUCCAUCCGGGAAGCGACCAGUAUGUAAGAGUCGUUACCCUCAAAACAAAAAACGGUUUUAUCAAGCGACCGAUUAUCAAACUUUCUAUACUUUAUUCAAGUCAAGACGAUGAAAAACAACAUAAAAAUGAAAUUUCGCAAGAAAAUCAAGAGAUUAAAACCUCUAAACAGUCUAAAAACAAACCGAUCAGUCUUUCGAAAAUAGUCAUGUCUUUAUUAUUAUUUCUCAUGGUCAUUGCACCUGCAUCGCCAACCGUAUACAAUAUUACGUCACUACAAAACAAUAACAGUCUUUAUUUUGAUUCCAUUACAAAUAUGCAUUUAAUACGAGACCAGUGGCGUCUUGUUGUCUACUAUGAUACGCAGCCUUAUCAUGAAGGAAAUGUGACUCUACGAAAGUAUAUCGACUAUUUAGAAAAAAUAUGUCCAUUAAUAAAAACGGAGUCACACUGCACUGCGAUCAUAUUACAACUAUGGCAUGGGUUCAAGGAAUUGCAACAUAAUAACAAUAUUCUAAUGAAUUAUCAGACAAAUACAAACAGCAGGCAACGUAAACGCCGUGGGCUCAUAAAUGGCAUUGGAUACGUAGCGAAUAGUUUAUUUGGGGUCUUAGAUGAACAAUUCGCGGAAAAAUAUGAAAAGGAUAUUGCAACUAUCAGGAGCAAUGAACAUCAUCUGGCGGCACUUUGGAAAAAUCAGACAUCAGUCGUCGAAGCAGAGUUCAAUUUGCUAAAGAGAACAAAAGAUACUAUGGAACAUCAUCAUAAAUUGAUUCAUCAAAAAAUAAAUAAUAUAGAAAAUUCUUUGAAUCAAAUCAAUGAAGGAAUACAAAACCUUUCUUUGUCAUCAGACUUCAUAGAAACAGCUAUGAUUGCAAAUAACAUAUUAUUCAGUUUGAGGAAUAUACAAGUUACCCUCUUAGACACAAUAACAAAUAUUUACAAUGGCAAGUUCAAUUUCCAACUGCUCAGUCCUGAACAAUUAAGACAUGAGUUAAACAUAAUAUCAGGCCAACUGCCGAAGGAUUUAUCAUCUCCCAUCGACAGCUUUAAUUUAGCAGAUGUAUACAAUUUACUACAGGUACGGACUAGAAUGUCGCUAAAAUAUCUCAUCAUUGAAAUUAAGAUUCCACUUAUUGGUAGAGAUAUGUAUGAAAUCUAUAGACUCAUUCCCCUGCCCUACUUGAUCGGCAAUCAAACGACAACUGUAGUACCAAUAGCGGAAUAUGCCGCAAUUAAUCUCAAGAAGGAUGCACUAAUACCAGUUUCAGAAAGUGAUCUUAAACAAUGUACGCAUCAGAAUAUUAAUUUAGUUCUAUGUUAUUUGAGGAAACCUAUUUAUCAUAUCAAGGAUGACCAGAAUUUGUGUGAAAGAUUACCCGGGACAAGGAUAUGCAAAUCGACCACAAGCUCUUGUGCCAAUAUAUGGCGAGAAUUAAACAAAUUAAAUGAAUAUUUUUAUUUUUGUUGCGACCAGUGUCAUAUGAAACUAUUGUGCGAAGAUCAAGUUACCGCCGUCCAGCUAACGGGCAAUGGUUUAUUCACAAUAAAUGCCGGUUGCAUAAUUAAAUCAGCUGAAUUUCUUGUGUUCGCACAUAGAUCUGAGACAAGUAAAAUCAUGAUCAGUUCCAAAAUUGAAGCUCCAAGAAUAGCCCCAAUAAAUCAUAUAAUUAAAACCUCUGUUCCUACAUCAGUUCAGUUGGAGGACAUGACACAAUCCAACAAACAGCUACAAGAAAUUAGAGAACAAAUAGAUAUCAUGAAAGAAAACACACCAAUAAUAGAAACUGUUUCCACUCAUGACGUACACCACUACGCAACAAUUUAUAUCAUCAUGGGAGUAAUGUUAUUGACGGCUAUCGUCUACGUGGUGAAACGUGUACGUGUACGAGGACGAAGCCAAGUGUUCCGGCAGGCAGCAGCUGAUGGGGCGUCGGAGGAGCAGGCGCAGGCCGGCACAACCGCUGCUGCGGCAGUGAGGCUGCAUACCGUCUCCUCCAAAGUGGAAAAUCAGUGCUCAAAGUGUACAAGUGUAGUGCAGUGUGGUGAAAAAUCAAGUGGUCUAAGUGAAGUAGUUAUACCUCCAAAAACAAGUGCGCGUAUCGAUAAGCAAAAUAGUGGUACAUCUCCGAUACUUCGUUCGGUAUUUACACUAUCGGAAAAUUAGUUUAGUUAGCAAACCUGAUUGUUAAUUAUCUUAUAGGUACAUCAUCAUGAUUAACCAUAAACCAUUUUAGGUUAAAUCUUUAUUGUUUAAUCACCUUGUAUCAAUUUCAUCUCAUCAUCAAGUCCACUAACCUCAUCUUCCCGCCUGGGAGCAUGUACGAGUUACACUCGACAUAAUUGCGAAACCGCGUAAAAUACACGCGUCAUCAUUUCUAUUAAUUUGUUAGAAUAUAAUUUUUAGUAAUUGCGUUCAGUUCGCUUUCGGUCAUCACGCAUACCGCGCGUUCUCAUCUUUCAUUCACUCAUAUCAGUUUGAACAAUACAGUAAUUUUAAAUAAUCUCAAGAGUUUUAUUAUCAAGCUUUAGGAUAACAAGAAAU